UUUUAUGAUAUAAUAUUUAUUCUAUUAAAUAUUAUCCAUGUAUGAUUAUAUAUAAUCUAACAUGGUAUCGGAGCUAGUCAAAAUUUUGAACUCGAACGCGGAUCCAACUUCAUCGCUUUACAUGCUCUCCAGUGUUUUCCUCGUUGCUAUUCAGGUUUUUCGCUGCUUCCGCUUCUCUUGUAUUUUUGCUUAAUUAUUGUGUGCAAUGGCGGGUGGUGAUGACUCGUUGCAGUCAAUUGGUGUUCGUCUUGAUGGGAAGAAUUUUGGGUAUUGGAGUUAUGUCAUGAUAAAUUUCUUGAAGGGUAAGGGGCUAUGGGAUUACGUUUGUGGAAAAAGUAUGUGCCCAAAGUCAGGAGACGAAAAAUUUGAUGAACUGUUUCGUAUUUGGGAGACUAAUAAUUCCAAGAUUAUUACUUGGAUUAAUAACUCCGUUGAACAGAGAAUUGGGGUGCAACUAGCGAAAUUCAAAGCUGCAAAAGAUAUUUGGGAUUACUUGUCUAAACUGUUUGUGCAAAACAAUUUUGCGGUUAAAUAUCAGUUGCAGUCUGAAAUUCGUGCUUUAGUACAAAAUGAUUUGGGGAUCCAGGAUUAUUUUUGUGCAAUGACAGCUCUUUGGGAUCAAUUAACAUUGACAGAAUCUAUUGAGUUAAGCUUGUGAUGCUUAUAUCAAGUGUAGGGAUGAAGAUCGUCUUGUCCAACUACUUAUGGGUCUUCGUCUAGAAUUUGAUAACUGUCGUUCGGGAUUAUUGCACCGUAAACCGCUGCCAUCUGUUGAAGAUGUGGUAAAUGAACUCAUGGCCGAAGAAACUUGUUUGAAGACUUUAAAGGGAGCACAUCCUGCUUCCACAUCUGUCUUGGCAGUUCCUCCUUCUGCCCAGUCCUUGCAGCUCCUAUUUAUCAGUACAAAACUUCCUCUGUUGGUAAUUGUAACUACUGCAAACAGCCAGGGCAUUAGAAAAAUCAAUGCCUGGAACUACGGAAGGGGUCUAGUUGGAAGCCUCCACAGUCGGGGAAAGGUUACAAGCCUCCACAACCAUGGUGGGCACACAAGGAUAUAGACCUACAACUCAGUACCAUGGUGGGCAGCAGAAACACUACCCACACCCACCUACUCAAGCAGCCUUGGUUCCAUCCUUGAAUCAGUCUGGUUCUGAAGUUAUUGGGAACUCAAGUCCAAAUUUUUUGGCUGACCAGUUCCAGCAGUUCCUUGCCUUCCAGCAAUAUCAGAAUUCUACUCAGUCUCAUGCUCUCUCAGUUCCUUGCCCCCCCCCAUCACUCACUGACUCAGGAUCUAAAAUCCAAGAGAGUGAUUGGGACAGGGCAUAGGAAGGGGAAAGGUCUCUAUGUUUUGGAUGAGCUGCAUCUUAGUACUCAUGCAGCAACUAUGCCUGUCAAAUUGUCUACUUUUCAUUUGACUGCUUCGUCUUCUAAAUUUUGUUUGUGGCAUUCUCGACUUGGACAUGUACCGGGCUCUCGCCUGCGUUUUAUGUGUACUUCUGGUCUCCUUGGUG